UUGGGCCGGACCCGCGGCCAUCGCGUGGAAGCCGGUCGGCCUAAAAACGCUCGACUCUCCUCUCCGUCCCCGGCAGGUUAUUACGUCCCCAAAUCCGACGGGGAGUUCUACCAGUUCUGCUACGUGACGCAUGCCGGGGACAUCCGGGGAGCCAGCACGCCCUUCCAGUUCAGGCCGGCCACGCCCACCGAAGAGCUGCUGACCGUCACCGAGGACGACAGCAACUCGGACAUACUGGUCGUCACCACCAAAACCGGCCUGCUCGAGCGCGUGGAGGAGGCACAGCAGGAGCGCAGGGAGCUGCUGAAAGCCAUGCGUCUCCUGCAGGAGGAGAAGCAGCAGCUGCAGGAGGAGCAGAAGCGACUGGCCAGGGAGAGGGAGCAGGAGAGGGAGACGUGUUGUUUACUGCGGACACAUAACCAGGAGCUGCUGAGAUCUUCGCAGGGCCUUUCAGAGGAGCGGGAGGAGGUGCGGAGGAGGCUGACGGAGGCCACUGACCGGGUCCGCCAGCUGGAGGAGGACCUGCUGGGGGUCACCCAGAGGGGCCUGCAAAAGGAGACGGAACUGGACUGUCUUCGUGACCGUUUGAAGAAGCUCACAGCAGAGAGAGACAGUCUGGAGAGCCAGCUGAAGAACGAGAAGGACGAGAGGGAUCUCUACAAGGUGAGUGAAAGCUUCGUUUUUUUUUUCAUCACGCGUCUGCCUCCGUCCCCCCCGGGCGAACUGUCACUGAGCUGGGCUUCGGCAUCUCCGCAGGCCCACCUGCGCAGCACCGAGCUGGAGAACACCAAGCUGAGCGCAGAGCUCCAGAUGCUGAAGGCGGUGGAGCUGAACAGGGAGGUGACCAUCGCCCAGUUCCAGGAGGAGCUGGACCGGCUCCGGGCCUGCGUGGUGCAGCGGGACAACCUGGAGAAAGAGCUUCUGCUGCACAAAGCCGACAAGGCGGAGCUGGUGCGCGUCCGCGAGCAGCUGCGCCAGGCGGAGGAGCAGCUGCUGGCGUCCAGGCAGCAGGCCUCGCUGCUGGCCUCAGAGCUCCGCGACUCGGCCGGCGCCCGCGACCACACCAUGGGCGAGCUGUACCGGGCCCGCCUGGAGGCCGACAAGCUCCGCGCCAGCCUGGCCGACGCCCAGGCCGAGUGCCAGCGCAUGGAGAGCCAGCUGGACCGGAUGAGGAGCACCGCGCAGAAGGAGGUGGUCAGUGCCCGGCCGGACCGGACCGGAGAGUUUCUCCGGCUCGUCGGAUUCAGUCAGACUUGGUCCGGAGGCUUUGCGCACACGGUUUCCGUCCUCCCGUUUCAGGGCGUGGGGACCGGCGGGGAGGCGGCGCCGGGCAUGGCGGUGGUGUCGGAGGCGGAGGCGGAGCUGCAGAGGGAGGUGGAGGAGCUGAAGCUGCGUCUGCACAUGGCCGCCGAGCACUACAAGGAGAAAUACAGGGAGUGCCAGCGCCUCCGCCGGCAGGUGGCCAAGCUCAACAGCACAGAGUCGCAGGGGGAGUCAAAGAGAAAUGUGUCCACCGAGACAACACAGGAGCCGCUGACUCCCAGUCCAGAGUCCCCCACUGAAGGAAACAUCAAUAUCGCGGCGCUACAGGAGGCCGCAGCCAUGACAAUCACCCCCGACCUCGCUGACAAGGGAGUCAUGCACGUAGGUGCCGAGACGGAGGAAACGCAGAGGGGGAGCACACUGAGGGAGAGCGUCCACGUAGAGGCCGGGGGGGCCGCCAAAAAAAUGGAGGACGGCAAAAAAGACAAGGAAGAGGAGGAGGAGAAGAAGGAGGAGAGUCUUCCGGAGGAGAGCCUGAGGAUGACCAGCUGGGUGGAGGUGGGCAGUGAGAGGCUGAGCGUGGCGGAGGAGAGAGAGCCAGAAGCCCCCCAAAAAGAGGAAGAGGAAGAGGAGGAGGAGGAGGAAGAGGAGGACAGCAGUGAGGAGGAGCAGGACCUGGAGGAGGAGGAGGAGGAGGAGGAGGAGGAUGAGGAGGGGAGGAGCACGGACGAGGCAGAGAAGGAGCAGACGCGCUCGGUGGAGGCUGAGCUGGCCAUGAUGGAGGAGAAGUGGAGGGAGCAGUGCGCCAUCAACGAGACGCUCAAACAGCGGCUGGCCGACGAGGAGGAGCGAUUCCGAGUGCAGAUAGCGGAGCGGGUCAGCGAGGUGGCCGAACUCAAACGCAACCUGGCCAAGGCUCUGAAGGAGAAAGAGCAGCUCCAGCAGGAGCUCCAGCGCUACGCCUCCAGGCAGCGGGAGCAGGAGGCGGGGGCCCAGGCGGCGGGGGCCAGCCGGCCCAUGCUGCUGCGCUACGCCCUGCCCUACCCGCAGGACCCGCCCCCCCCGCCGCUGGUGCCGCAGAGGCCCGCCGAGCUGCAGUACGGCAACCCCUACUCCACCGACGGCUGCAGAGCCCCCCCGCCCUGCGCCGCCCCCUGCGCCCCCCCCAUCACGCCGCCCAGCCCCGGGCCGGGGGCCCCGGGCUGGGACCGGGAGGUGGUCUGCAUCCAGCCCUCGCGCAGCACCAGCCCCCCCGAGAAUGCCGAGCGGCAGCCGGAGGAGCCGGAAGAGGUUGGCGAGAGCGCCCCCCAGCAGCCGUGUGACCACCAGGCUAGCAGACGCAGCGAGGCGAGGGGCAGUUUCUGCUUCGACUCCAGUGACGUCCACAAGCGCUGCCCGCUGUGCGAAGUGAUCUUCCCGCCGCACUUCGAGCAGCGCAGCUUCGAGCAGCACGUGGAGAGCCACUGGAAGGUGUGCCCCGUCUGCUCCGAGCAGUUCCCGCUCAACUGCCAGCAGCAGCUCUUCGAGAGGCACGUCCUCACGCACUUCGACGGCCACGUGCUCAACUUCGACCAGAUCGAGUGA